AUCGAGAUGGGUUCCAGGGAGAACAAUCAAGGGCUGGUUAGGAAUGCCAAUUUCCAAGGUCCAAGAUUGGGGGGCUCCAAGUUUUUGAAGGAGAUUGGCAACAAUCCUCGGGCUGCUCUUAGCAAUAUCACCAAUUUCAAAAGAGAGGCUUCUGGGCUCGGUGCGGUUCGUGAUAAAAAGCUGUCAAAUCUGGGUCAUAGACCCAUUACAAGGAGAUUUGCUGCACAGAUGGUCCAGCAGAACCCAAAUGAAUCGGAGGUUCCAAAUCCUACUGGAGUUAGGGAGUGUGAUCAGGGAACUAAAAAACUGAGCUCAACUACUACUGUCGAUCCUAGUGGACUUGUGGACUUGGGGAUCAUAGAUGUGGAGGACAGUGAGGAGGAAGAUUUUGAUGCUGUGCCAAUGUAUGUGAAGCACACAGAAGCUAUGCUAGAUGAGAUUGAUAGGAUGGAAGAGGAUGAAGAAUCUGAAGACCCCAUUAUGGAUAUCGACACCAGCAGUUUGAAGGAUUCACUCAGUGUUGUGGACUACAUAGAUGACAUCUAUGCACACUACAGGAAAACUGAGAAUCAAAGCUGUGUCUCUCCAUGUUACAUGGCCCAGCAACCUGAUAUCAAUGAGAAGAUGAGGGCUAUUCUUAUUGACUGGCUCAUUGAGGUCCACUACAAGUUUGAGCUUAUGGACGAGACAUUAUUCCUCACCGUCAAUCUUAUUGACAGAUUCUUAGAGAGCCAAGUGGUGGUAAGAAAGAAGCUUCAGCUGGUUGGAGUGACAGCCAUGUUACUAGCCUGCAAGUAUGAGGAGGUUUCUGUCCCAGUCGUGGAGGAUUUUGUUCUGAUAUCAGAUAAGGCAUACACAAGGCAAGAUGUCCUUGGCAUGGAGAAAUCAAUGGUUAACAAGUUACAAUUCAACUUUUCUGUUCCUACCCCAUAUGUGUUCAUGAGGAGAUUCCUCAAGGCUGCUCAGUCUGACAAAAAGCUUGAGCUUUUGUCCUUCUUCCUCAUUGAGCUUUCCCUGGUGGAGUAUGAAAUGCUAAAGUUUUCACCAUCUCUGCUAGCUGCUGCAGCAAUUUACACCGCUCAGUGUAGUCUUUCAAGGUUCAAGCAGUGGAGCAAAACCUGCGAGUGGUAUACCAAUUACUCAGAAGAUGAACUUCAGGAAUGCUCGAGGAUGAUGGUUAGUUUCCAUCAGAAGGCUGAAACUGGUAGGCUAACAGGAGUGCAUAGGAAGUACAGUACUUGGAAGUUCGGCUAUGCUGCUAAAGCUGAACCAGCUGAGUUUCUCCUGAAUCCCUGACGCUUCUGCGGGUAUCAGAUCAAAUUUUAAGGGGCUAGUUUUCACUGAGCAACAGAAGUUGCCCU